UAGCUAACGCCUAGCUAACAUCAGAGCGGCUCGGUUAGCGGUGUUAACGAGCGGCAGCAUCACGUCCGAAGAACAGAUUUCAAACCAACCUGUUGACUCUAAAUCAUUUACUACAGAACCACAGCGACCCCCCCACCACCCUCCAGCCUGGGCGCAGACGUCUGGUUUGUCACCUCACUGCCUCAUCGGCCGUCCCUCUGAUGAGCGAGCCCCUGACGUCAGGUGGAAGAUGGAUGUUUCCUCCACUGUGUAGCUGCAGCCUGUGAAUCAGGGGGUGGGUCCAUCGCUGCCACAUGACCAGCGCAACCCCUCUGCUCGACAUGAAACCCGUCAGCUAUCAGAGCUUGCCGUCAUCCGUGAGCGCCGGACACCAGGAUCUGGCCCUGGACCGCGUGCUGAGCGCCCCCAAGGUGAUGUACUGCGAGAAGUGCGGGUUCGCCUCCAUGGACGUGGCCGUGUUCAAGAAGCACAUGAUCGAGCACAUGGGCGCGAGGUUUUACUGCUUCUACUGCAACAACGUCUCGUUCAGCGAGGCCGAGUUAAAAGUGCACCUGAAGCAGCACACGUCCAAGUAUCCGUUCACGUGUCCCCACUGCGGACAGGGCUACAUGCGGAGGCUGUGUCUUGUGAAGCACAUUGACCGGCUUCAUAGUAAAAGCAUCAGCCAAGGACCAGCAAAGCCCGGCACAACUUUAAUUUCUCCCGUGCCUGUCUCCAGUGCCUUAUCAAGCGUGUCCUCUGCUGAUCCAACACCACCCUGGCCAACUGUUCGGGUGACAGUACCUGCCCUGAGUGCACCUGCAAUCAGACUGGAUAAAGACGAACAGAGAGGGAAAACACUGGACACUAUUAUAUCGAAUGCCUCUAAUGGAAACACAGAACUUUUGUCUCCUUUGAAUGGACUCCUACAGCACCACCGGGCCCUAACCGUUUCUCUCCCGGAGGAAAUAACGAUCCCUGCAGGCUGCUUGGUCGAACUUGUUGAGGUGAAAACUGUAAAUGGGACAAAAGAGUUAAAACUGAGGCUCGUCUCUCAACAACAAAACAAGUCUGUGAUCAAAGAUGCAAGGACCACAGUCUGUCAGAGCACCACACUGGGAAAGCCUUUAACAUCCACAUUAAACCAUCAGUCUUCCACAAUGAAGUCUGCAAGCAUGGGGAUGUGCACAGUAAACAGGAAGCAGUGUGAAACAAAGACGGUGAAUGUGGAGCGUCCUGCUGCUGUCCCAGUCAGUAUUUCCAAAAACCUCCCGAAUCAAGCGAGCAAAGAAAAGAUUGGAUUCAAAAGAAAAUCGCAAGAAAUAAUCAACCGGGAGUGGAAAACAAUCAUUCCAGAUAAGAUUCCCAAAACUAUCCCCAGUCCUAUUAGAGAAGUGAAUAGUGGGAUGAGAGUUGCACAAAGAGAACCUCUAAAUCUUAAUGCAGCCGCUCCCACUGUUAUCUCCCCCAGGGUUGCCAACAGGUUGACUAGCACCCUGCAUCCGGACUCCAAGGGGACAAGCGUUUCCCAGAGAGUGGUGGAGGAGAGGAUGAAUUUAAUUCCAGAGCCUUCCAAGAGCAUCCCAGCCCAGAGAGCAAGCGACACAAAAAGCCUUCCUCGAGAUGGGUCGGUGGCUGUGAAGCUGGAACCCGGAGAGAUCCGCCUCAGGAACAACACUGUCUCGAAAAUAAAGACCGAGGCAGUGGGCUUGAACCAGCAACGUGUGACAUCAGGGAGCGUUCCCUUACCCGCAGCCUCCAAAGUGAGACCUCCAGCAAUUUUAUCAUGUGAGGAUAAUGUCGUCCCAAAUCAGUCGUUUCCAGCGCACAGGACUCUAAAUGAGCGCUCAUCAGUCAAAACCUCUGUGCUUUCUAAUAAUACAAAGUCUAAGAUCUCCGCUUGGACCCAGGAAGUGAGAUCCCGUGAGAGAGCAAGAGAAGGAGACGUGCCAGAACCUGAGAGCUUUCCAAUAAUUUCCUCUGUGUUUUCGUUAAGUCAACAACCAGGAGAGGUGCAGGGCUCCAUUCAGCCGCUGGUGAUGGCUCUGCGCGGCAUCGUGAUGGAUAAAAGCAACAGUUCUGGCAGUUCACAUCCUCAAGGUCACAUCAAGAUAAUAAACGGAACCGAGCGGGGGAGGGAAGCGCCGACAUCGGGGUUCCGUCCUCAGGUGGCAGCAAAGGAUGAACACGUCAUCCUUGACCCUUUACCCACGGAGCGGUGCAUUAACUCUGUGAAAGUAGAGGAGCAGAAGGGCGUCCCGCAUCACCCUGCACUGACCAACCUCCACGUUGAAGUCAAGGAGGAAAAGAAUAUCACUACUCCAACAGACACUCUUGCUUCAAAAUCCCCGACGGAUCAGGGAUCUGUUUCUGAAAUUGCAGUAUACGUAGACGCAUCCGUGGGUACAGAGACUCUGCAGCAGGUGGAAAAGACCGAGCACGACAUCUCGAAGUUCCUCACUGUCUCUCUGAAGAGGGUACAAGUAGGCGUGUGGAAGAAAAACAGGAAAGGACUGAAACUAAGAAUUUCCAAAUAUAAGACUAAUUUACCUGUGGUCAGUGUCGCUGAUUGUGCAGUUAUUUACCCGAUGCCGCUGAAGGAGGACCAGCUGGUGAAGAGACCGGGCCCCAACCAGCCCGUGGUGGUGCUCAACCACCCGAAGCCCCGGGCCCCCGUACAGGGAGCGGGUGCGGACACUAUCGCCGACACAGGAGCCUCUGAGGGGGUUCCGAAAUGCCAAAUCUUAAAAAUGCGGCUGAGCAAAGUGAUGGGGCAGAAAUAUGAGGUGAUGGGGUGCACUGUCCGAGUCUUUCCAUGAGUGUAGAGGACAAAGUAUCACUGGAAAGAAUUGUACAUUUAUAAAGAAAAGACUAGUAUUACGAUGGGAAAAUACUGAUUUACAUUCAUGAUGUUAUAUGUUUGUCUGUAUAGGCAUGGGAUAUGGAUUGUUGAAGUGCAAUGCAGUUAUGUCUGCUUUGGGGGUGUUGUUAAAUGGACCAUCUGCUGUAGUAGAUUCUGUCAGUAAUACACAGAUGUUAAGAGCUGUCUCAGAAGUUUGACAAACCAGUAGAUCUGCCAGAGUCGAGGCAUAAACGCAUGCUGUUUAUUUAAAAUAUCUUAAUUUAUUUUUUUUGUUGCGUAGGUUAUAUAUCAUGGUUCUUGCGGCCCCUACAGGAUGCGACUUGAAGUAGCUGUGGUACAUGCAGCACACCUUAGACGAGUCUUUCAGAAAAUCGUGCCAUAUACAGUAUAAACAAAGCCACGAGUUUAGCAAUUUUUAAUGAUGAAAAAAAUAAUGUUUGAGGAUAUUUCUGUAAAAUCUUUUGGGGAAAAGUGGCACAUGCAGCUCACAAAAUUCUGCAGUGAUUUAUGGUUUUAUUCAAGUAUUUAUUCCUCUUUUUCUGUUGUUAGUUUUCACAUUAACAGAGCAGUACAAAAGGAAAACAGAAUCCCUUUACAGUCGUCACAUAUCAGCACAACAUAGACAAACGGAGCCCUUCACAAGCCUGUAAAAUGCCCCCGUUUCUGCAAUUGCGUCAGUAGCUUUCAAAUAUUCCCACAUUUCUGUAAUGAUGUACUGGUCAGCACCUGGUUGACGACAUUUCAUUCAAAGUUGCCUGAGAAAGUUGGUUGUCCUUGAGUGUUCAGUUUUUUUUAUGUGCUGCUCUCCGCAUAUUUGUAUAAAUGCCGGGUUGGUUUCUUGUUUGAUGGUGUGUUCAGGCACUCUUUGGCAACUGUAACAUGAGCAUCUCAUAUUUUUUUAACCGUCAAGUUCAUUUCAUGCAAAGUGUCCUGUUUUCCAACCAGAACGUUGCUGGUCAUUCUUGAUGACAAAGCUGAAUGUUUUUUACUUUCCCAUGUAGCCAGGAGUCCCUGAAUGCAACAGUACUGUUAGUUUCUUUGACGCCGGAGCCUAAAAGUCCCUAAUGCACGUGAAAUAGAAGGAUGAGCUUCUUAAAGGCUUCUUUCUGUUUAAACCUCUGCCUGACAACUUAAAGCUGGGAUGGGUCAUCCUGGAAAAGCGAGCAAGAGCAGCCUACCCUCUGAAAAAAGGCAACCUAUACCCAUCUUCUUCCCAUCAGCCCUCACCUCAAGGCUACGGCCCCAGAACAUAUGAACGUACACUGGCCAUAGUCUCUACUUCAGCUGUGUAUGUUUGCCCGGCUGAAGACUCCAGUCACGUGCAGGGAGCACAGUUUUGCGAAGACCGCAGACACUAGCUUUCUUUUCUUGUCUUUUUUCCCUCGACUUUAUGUAUUGAUGGAUAUCAGGAACAAUACGACAGUGUUUCAGAAACAACUUACUAACCCCACCUUUAAAGGGUAAAAGUCUUGAAGAGUCAUUGUAAAUGUUACAUACUUAUAUACUUUUUUUAAACGUUUGCUGUGUGUGUGUUUUAAUGGAUCAGAACGUGUAAUUAUGAUAGAUUUGAUAAUUUGAGCAACAGCCCGAGAAACAAGUGUUAAUUCCAUGAAACCCUCUUGGUUCAUCGUUUCUCCCUCUGCAGUACAAUUUGCUUUGUGGCCGUCAGUCAGAAAAAAAACAGAGGAGCCUAAAUAAAUGAUUUAAAGGUUGAGUGUGUAGAAUUUAGUGACAUCUAGGGGUGAAGUUGCGUGUUGCAGCUGAAAACCCCUCACCUCACCCUCUUCUUCCAAA